AUGGCAUGGAGAGGUGCCAACUACAAGAAAAACGAAACCAGCCGCCCCCGGCCCUCGCCGUUCCGCGCUCUGGAUGCGCUCGCCCCCCGGCCCGGGUUUGCAUUAGAUCUGAAGGCAACGCAGAAUGGGAGCCUUGCCAAUGAGCCUUGUUCAUUCACCUGCAUUCUGUCUUGCUGUCUGUGUUGUGUUAUUAAAGAGGUUGUAAACGAAGACGUGCUCCUGUCCUGCAUUGUUGGAGAGGAAGGUGUCGUGCAUCUUGAAGAAGUGACUGUGAACUGGCAGGACUCAGAAACUCAGGAAAUAGUCCACAGCUUCUACGACGGCAAAGACCAUCUGGAGCAUCAAGGAGAAAGAUUUCGGGGGAGAACCCAGCUCUUCCCUCAGGAAUUUUCCAAAGGCAACGCAUCUCUGUUGUUGAAAAGACUGACCCUGAACGAUGCAGGAAACGACUCCUGCCAUGCUUUCUUAUAUGAGGAGACGCUGCCUCGUGAACAGGUGGUGCAGCUUUCUGUGUCAGAAGCUCUUGAACGUGACAGAGAAGCGAUUCGUAAGACAAUCAAACUCGGCAGGAAACGAGAUUCGGGUCACAUUUUAAACCAAACUAUCAUUAUAAAAGAGAAGAAGCGGCACACAGCUACAGAAAUAAUAAACUAUAUUUACAGAAGCCAGGAGCGUGUGGAUACCGUUCAUUCAGAAGACCUCUUCACUACCCAAGAGCAACGUUCCACGCGGAUGUUACUGGUGGGAGGUGCUGGAACGGGGAAAAGCUACAUCUCCAGAAGGCUCCUGCAGAAAUGGGCUUCAGGAAAAAACAAGAUAUUCUACAGCGGCGUGAUUUAUAUACCGUUUAGUGACUUGAACUCCAUUGAGAAUCCAAUCAGUGUGCAAAGAGUUCCUGCAAUACAAGUGCAAAGAACUAUCUCCAGUUCUUACAGAUAAACUCAAUAACAACCAAAUAUUAAUUAUUCUCGAUGGACUGAAUGAGUUCAAGUAUGAUCUGAACUACACCCAGUACCACAGUAGUAGAAAAGUUGAUAUUGUAUUGAUGAUGCCUUGCCUGUAAAUACAUUGCUCUCCAAACUCAUAACCAGGAAUCUUCUCCCAGACAUAGAUGUUUUGUUGUCUGCUCAGUUUCAUGCAGUGAGUGAAAUUUGCAAGCAUUUUAAUUAUUUAUUUGCUAUCCUUGGAUGCACUGCUGAUCAUAUUAAGCAAUACUAUGAUACAUUUACUUUAGUUAAUCCGACAUUGAAACCUAACUCUAACUCGGCAAGCAGGUGUGAAAUGUUGGCAUUGUACUUAUUUCCUCUUCAAAUCAAAAUCUUACGGGACACACUGAUGGAAAUUUCCAAAAGUCGUGGUAUCAGGGAACACAACAGUGUUUUGAUCAGCCGUGGAGAAAGUAAAGAAAACUGUUGUGUGAGCAUAGAAUCAGGUGAAACGGAUACAAUUGGCCUUCUACCAUCGCUAGAACUUCCAGAGCAUGUUAAAGAAAUUAUCUAUUGACUGGGGAAAGUUUCCUAUGAGCAUCUGCUCGUUGGUGUACAGGAAAUAAAGAGAGAGGCUCUUGAGAGAUGUCAUAUUGAUCCCAAACUUCUCACAAAGUGCUUUUCCAGUUUCAUCUCUCAGGUGGAGAGAGGUGGUGAAAUUUUUGCAUAUUGCCAUAAUGGUGCAAGGGACAUGUUUGCUGCCUUGUACUGUGUCCGGGAAAUCCAGGAGGAGGAGGAGCUUAAACAGUGCCUGGAUGCCUGGGUUUUAGGGUAUAUCCUUGCAAAUUACAAAGAGGAAAGUCUCCUAAAGAAAGUCACACUCAAUCAUGUGGAAAAAUUGCACAAUUUCAUCAGAUUUUUCAUGGGCCUUUUGCCUUACAGAAGCACUGAAAGCCUCUUGCAUGAUCUGGUUCCACUCAAUGGUGCUAUAAAAAACUCCCUUCUGAAGUGGUUCGAACACCGCGUUGCGAGAGACCUUAGUCAAACGACUACACUAAACCUUCUCCGUUGCAUUUUUGAACUGCACGAUGCUUCUCUCACAGAAUAUGUGUCUCGCUGCUUUGAGCACAUUUUUCUGUAUAACACCCUCCUCAGUGCUGCAGACGUUGGAACCUUGCAGUACAGUCUGGAGAAAACCACUCUAGACAAAGUAGACCUAAGAGGGUGCGGUCUGGGAGAUGCAGGACUGGAGCAGUUAUCUUCUGUAAUAGGGAGCAGCAGAGAAGUCUGUUUGUGUCACAAUUAUAUCGGCGAAGUGGAAACCCAAAACAUUACGAACUUCUUGAAGCAUUGAGAGGACUUAAAGGUUGUGAUGAAGAUUACAGACGACGAAAGGCUGGUCAGCUAUGUGACCGACAGAGUGCAGCGUUUAUCUGGUGAAUUGCAAAGAUAUGAUAGCGAGCUUGUCCUUUAUAUUCUCCAGAAUUUACAGAAUGAACUUGAGGACGAAGAAAAUUUAAGUGGCUAAAUGAAAGAAAACAUGAUAACACUAAAAAAGAACAUUGCCCAAUUGCUAGCAGACAGACAUAGAAAUAGGACGAAAUAGCGUGACAGGAAUAUGAACCAAUGUGGCCUACUUUCAGGAGAUAGGCUGGAACAGAUGUCAAGACUCUGGUUUAUUCUAUUCUAAAUACAGUAACUCCUCAGUUAACCCGGUUAACGUUGUUUCGUUGCUGAUCAAUCAGGGAACAUGCUUGUUUAAAGUUGCCCAAUGCUCCCUUAUGUUGUUUGGCAGCCGCCUG